GCCCGGCCCCGGCCCCGGCCCCGGCCCCGGCCCGCCGCCAUGGGCGCCUGCCCCCACACCGCUCCCCGCCGCCGCCGCCGCCGGCCGCCGCCGCUCCCCCGCUCCGCCGCCGCGUAAAGGGCAGCGCGGCUGGACGCGGGCAGCGCCUCGCUGCGCGGGGUGGGGUGUGGGGGGGGGUGUGGGAGCCCCCCGGCUUCGGCCCCCGGCCGCCAGCAUGGGGGCCGCAGCGGCGUGCCGGAGCUCCGCCGCUUUCCUCACGCUGCUCGUGCUCCUUGGCACCGCCGACGGUCAGUCGAAGCUGACCUCCGAGCAGAAUGCCAUCAGCCUCUCCCCUGGCAAGUACCGCCACUUCGACCGUGCCACCAACAAAGAGCUGAUCUGCGACAAAUGUCCCGCAGGAACCUACGUGUCUAAACACUGUACGAAGAGUACCUUAAGAGAGUGCAGCCCUUGUCCGGAUGGGACCUUUACUAAGCAUGAGAACGGCAUAGAGCGGUGCCACCCUUGUAGAAAACCCUGUGAACUGCCAAUGAUUGAGAAAACUCAUUGUACUGCCUUGACUGACCGCGAGUGCACUUGCCUGUCUGGUACGUUUCAGACGAACGAUACCUGCGUCCCUUACACGGUGUGCCCGGUCGGCUGGGGCGUCCGCAAGAAAGGAACGGAGACGGAAGACGUUAGGUGCAAGCCGUGCCCUCGUGGUACCUUUUCUGAUGUGCCUUCUAGUGUGAUGAAGUGCAAAACAUACACUGACUGCUUUGCAAAAAACAUGGUGGUCAUCAAGCCAGGGACGAAGGAGAGUGACAACAUCUGUGGUUCUCCAGCGUCUCUUCCGAACACGUCUUUGACUUCGUCAAGCGCCGAAACGGGUGAAGAGCCCUACGAAGUUCCACCGACCGCUCAUCUUCCCAAAGGUCUGAACUCUUCAGUUCCCGAUUUUGUCCCCUCUCCAGCGCCACGCGCAUCCAGUGGCAUGGCGGAGCCGGCAGGCUACUACAACGAAACCUCAGCCAACGAGACGGACGGUGCCGCUGGGACCCUCGCGGGCUCCGGUGCCACCGGCCAGGCACAGAGCUACCGGCACAAGCAGACCAGCCAAGCGCUGGAGAAGCAGCCGUCGCUGGAGAUUGUGGGGGGUGAGAAGUCCAGCGUCCCAUACAGGCCCCCCCGGCGAGGUCCGCAGAACGUCCACCAGCACUUCGACAUCAACGAACACUUGCCGUGGAUGAUCGUCCUCUUCCUGCUGCUGGUCCUGGUGGUUAUCGUCGUCUGCAGCGUCAGAAAGAGCUCACGGACUCUGAAGAAGGGACCCAGGCAAGACCCCAGUGCCAUUGUGGAAAAAGCUAUUAUGAAAAAGUCCACCACCCCCACGCAGAACAGGGAGAAGUGGAUCUAUUACUGCAACGGGCAUGGCAUCGACAUCCUGAAGCUGGUGGCGGCCCAGGUGGGGAGCCAGUGGAAGGACAUCUACCAGUUCCUGUGCAACGCCAGCGAGCGCGAGGUGGCGGCUUUCUCCAACGGCUACGCCGCCGACCACGAGCGCGCCUACGCCGCCUUGCAGCACUGGACCAUCCGCGGGCCCGAGGCCAGCCUGGCCCAGCUCAUCAGCGCCCUGCGCCAGCACCGCCGCAACGACGUGGUGGAGAAGAUCCGAGGCCUGAUGGAGGACACCACGCCGGUGCAAAUGCAGCCUCAGUGGCAAGCGCAGGACCCCUGCAACGAUGACGGAAAGCUGGAAGCUGACAGACUGGCGCUGCCGGUGAGCCCCAGCCCGCUCAGCCCCACGCCCAGCCCCAGCCCCAAGCCCCCCGAGGCGGCCGUCCUCACCGUGGAGCCCUCGCCUUCGGAGAAGAAAUGCUUCUUCGUUGACGAAGCAGAGCCCCUCCUGCGGUGCGACUCGACCUCCAGCGGCUCCUCCGCGCUCAGCCGGACAGGCUCUUUUAUUACCAAAGAAAAGAAGGACACUGUCCUGCGCCAGGUGCGUUUGGACCCUUGCGACCUGCAGCCCAUCUUCGACGACAUGCUGCACAUCCUCAACCCCGAGGAGCUCCACGUGAUAGAGGAGAUCCCGCAGGCAGAAGACAAGCUGGACAGGCUAUUUGAGAUCGCUGGAGUCAAGAGCCAGGAAGCCAGCCAGACCCUCCUGGACUCUGUCUAUAGCCACCUUCCCGACUUACUGUAGGCACUGGGUCACCACGCACUCUCCGAAUAUCUGCUAGAGCUAGCUUGGCACUCGUUAAGAUGACCGACAAUAUGCAGGCAGGUUUUGUUGUAGAAUAUAUGGCCAGUAUUUUCGUUGAGGUGUCCUUGGUUUCUGGAGGGGGGGCAGUUUGCCAGUGUUGCACCCCUCCACCUUAACUCUAUUGCUCAGUCCAAGUCUUUGCACCCUCUGCCCCUUUCCCGAGCAUCUCUUCUCCUUGUUCUCAUUCCAAUCAGAUCAGUCGAUGCACUUUAAAAAAAAAAAAAAAAAAAAUGCAGUUAACGAACUAAAAGACCACAAAUCUGGUGUAAUUUAACACAUCAAAUCGGGGAUUGCUCUGUAACCCACAUCUUCUGUCAAAGCUGUUGCUCGGAGUGACCGUCUCCCACCACUUCCCUUUGCCUCGGAGCGGUGAAUGGCAAAAACACGCAAAAAAACCCCAAUCGUUGCUGGUUACCGUCUCUUAAAGCAGCUAAGCUUCCCACUCGAGCUGACUUUUUUUUUUUAAUGUACUAUUGUAUAGCUCAUAUCCAUUGCUGAGAUUUUACUAGCACGGUUAUUUAUUGUAUGGUUUUCACCCGGACAAUGCAUCGCGCUCCUAUAAGCUAAAGCAGAAGCGCUUGAAACGCAAAGAAAAGGGUCAGUCCCACCAGCCUUCGAGGUGAUGAAAAGGUCCUUUGCCUUCAGUCGAAUGUAAGGAGUUAUGUUGCCUUGCCGCUUGUGGGAACGGCGGGGGCCCCGAAGGGAGCCGGUGCUGGACGUGGGGAGGCGAAGGCGGCCGCCGGUGGUCCUGCUCUCCUCGUGGUGUAAGACUUAAACCAAGCUACGCUUUUACACUCGUGUCUCUUGUUUUUUAUACAGACGUGGCCGAUAGGUUCUCCAAAGACCUUACCCGGUCUUAAUAGUCUCUUCAAAUCACACUUCACUUUUUAUUAAAAGAAAAGAGGUUGGGGGGUGGGGGAAAAAAGCUGCAUCGUAAGAAGUCUGUCUGAUUAUAUUUGCAACUAUUAUGCUCCCGUAAUGAACAGUCUGUACUACGCUCAAUUUGAAGAAAUCAUGAUACGAGGGUGGCGUGUGCCGGCCCGUGGGAAGGGGUGGGAGUUGGGGAAGAGGGGAAUGAAUUGAAAAAUUGCCUUCCAGUGUACUAAUUUAUUAAUAAAUACUAGGUGUUUGUUACUUGA